CUGACACACAUAAAAUAUGUAAGUUACUAUCUAAUUAAAUUAAAUUUAAAUUAAUAAUAAUAAUUAAUCAAUUUAAAUUAAAUUAAUCCCUCAAUCAUAAAAAAGAGCAAUUAAAAUUAAUUUCAAGUAUCAAGACUCGCAUCUUGACUGCAUCUCGAUACUACCAGUUCUACGGUCGAUAUAAUAAAAGCGUCGAUAAUUAUUUUCACGGCGCAUAACGCUCCGUGUGGUUGAAUACGUACGUACAGUCAGUCGUUUUGCUAUCGCUUCGAGAGAUUUACGUUCGAACUUAACGUUGUAUUGAACAUGGCCUCGAACGCUGAUAAGCUGUUAUGGAUUUUACUGUUCGCGGGCGUUCUUUCUUACGGCACGCAAUGCCCUAUGCACGAAAUGACGGACGCAAAAGCUGCUUACAAAUCCGGCGAAAUACCAGACAGCUCCAUGCCUAUAACGUUGGAUAAUAUCAAAGCAAAACUGAAGGAGUCCGGCAUCUUUGACUGGCAGGAUGCGAGCUUAAACGACAGAGAGCGUAAGGAGUUAAGUAAGCUCUUUGAUGCAGUGGAAAUUAUGACUACAUCUCGCAAUCGACAGCCUCCGAACGUGCAAAACAUGUUCUCUACUCUGCGUCUCGUCGAGAGAGUCGUUAAGAAGCAACUCAAAGAGGGACAGAUAUCCGAAUCUUUAGCCGGGAAAUUCCAAUGGGAGAAACUAUCUACACGUCAAAGAAGAGAGAGACCGCUGUACCAUUUAGAUAAAUUCGCCAACGUCAGAAUGUACAAGAACAUUUCUUGAAACUUAAAAUCAUUAUUUCAUAUUAAAUUUAAUAUUUUGUAAUCUCCGUCCGAAA